AGUAUCCUUGAUGACAUGGUGGUGACUUCCAUUUCGGGUGGUGGGGGUGGGUAUCAGCCAGAGCCACAUUGCGUAGGCGUAGGAAAUCGAAAGGAAGACGACGAGGACGCCAAAAUGCCGAAGAGGUACUUCAGACUUUUGCCGUGUUUGCUGCUCUCCUUACAGUCAGCAUGGACAGCUGUGAGGGUCACAGUCCCUGCAUUACCAAUCCAGGCAAGACCGGGCUCUGAUGUACAUCUGCCUUGUGACUUCAUAGAUACUGCCAGCCUGAUACACCUUAAGGAACUGGCUGUGAAGUGGACGGUGGGUGGGCAAAUAGUUGCAAAAUAUGAUGAUGGACUCAAAGCAAAUAGGCCGGGGGCAGUGAUGACUGCUGAGCAGCUGCAAGCGGGCAAUGCCACCCUCUUGCUUCCAGGCAUCAAUGAUGGGGAAGCUGGCAUCUAUACGUGUUUUGUUAUCCAUUCACCCAACAAAGGAGAAGGAAACGUGGAGUUGAGAGUGGAAGCUCCUCCACGCCUAACACUUGGCUCCACAAAGCUGCAGUUGGCCAAACCAGGUGCUGUGACGUGCACAGCAUCAGACUUUUACCCUAGCAAGGUCUCAGUGACGUGGCUGCGAGAUGGUGAGACUGUAAAAACCGAAUUGCCCCUUGUCCAGUCUGGCCCUCAUGGUCUGUUCUACGCAGAGAGUGUCCUGAAGCUCACACCUCAGAUCACUGACGUUAAUGCUACCUUCUCCUGCCAUGUCCAUCAUCAAGCGACAGAAGAACCAAUUCGUGAAGAUUUUAAGCUCCGGGUGCAAGCAACUCCAGUUCUUCAGGUGCUCACCAGGCCACGAGAGAAUAAUUUUUUGGUGGCUGAGUGUCUAGUGAGUGGGUUUUACCCCAGAGAAGUUCAAGUGCAGUGGCUACAAGAUGGGGUACCACAGACAAAGGUAGAGUCUGCACCCCAACGCCUACCUAAUGGGACAUUCUCAAUGCAGAGUAUCGUCUGGCCACAGGAGAGCAACACCAAAGUCAGUUAUGUCUGCCAGGUAGAACAUGACGCAUUGAAUGAACCUCUGGAGGAGACAGUCCUCUGGCAGCCAAAAGGAGCCUUUCGAUCACAUUUGCCUUGGCUGUUAGGACUUAUUGGACUCAUUUUGGGACUUGUCCUAGGAGGUGGAGCAGGAAUACUGUACCAUACAAACAAAGUCAAGCAUGAACAAGCUUUGAAAAGUGAGGAAACCCCUCUGAAAAAGAAUUAUGAAGAGCCCCCCCAAAGGAUGAAGGCCAAGACAGAAAAGCCAAAUGAUUUUUGUAAUGUAUCACUAUAAUAGUAAACUAAACAAUAUUUUGAGGCAGGCUAUAUCCAGGUAAUUUAAAAUCAUUGCUUUAAGUAAAUAUUUUUAUUAUAUAUUUACUAGAAAAAGUAUUUCCAGUAAGAUGCUUACUAUAAGCUUUAUUAUGUUGAUAUGCAUUGGAUUGAUUUCCUUUUACACAAAAGGUUUUUUUUUAAAGAGAUGAUUUCUAUAAUGGAUUUUUUAUAAAAUAUAUUUUUAAAGAAGAAAAAUAAUUGCUUUUAAAAAUAAAUCCACGCUGUUUUGAUGCCAUUUAGUGGUACACCAUAUCUGUCACCCAAAAAUGUCUGCUUUGGAAGCUUCAUCAGCCAAAGCUGAUGAAAGUCACUUGCCACAGAUGACACGGGCAACUAAACUAGGGCUGAGCAAACAAGCUUAGUGGGUCUACUUUGUUUUUGUACUAGAACCCCAAGAUCUACCAAUCAGAUCCAGGUGCAAAAACAUAAUAAUUAGAAUUGAAGAACAGGUGGCCUCUGAGUACAUUUUGAGCCUAAUAGUUUCUUUUCAAUAACAGCACUGAACUGAGCUCACAGUCCUUUUAAACAUAGCAUUACACUCCCGGUUAGCUUUCUUUAUUUCAGCAGCAUAAUUUAGGUGGCAAAAAUGUUUUGUCACUGCAGUUGUUAAAAAAUAGGGAGUCAGAAACCCUUGCUGAUCUACAACAAAUCUAUUAGUACAUUCUGAUCUCUUGAUCUAAAUUACGUGCAGAGAUUCUGAGGAGGAUUUUGAUUGAUUCUGAAAAAAUCUUGACUGCCAUUUACUGUAAACGGCGUCACGUAGGCAAUAGGGAAUAGUGCUGCUGUAAUAGAGUGAAAAUGUGCCAAGUACACUGAUAUCGCAGGAAUUCAUAGAGGAGGAUGGAUGAUAGAGGGGGCAGAGCAUCAUUGUAGCAUAGAAUAAUUGGAUGAAUCUGUUGCCAUGAUCAUGACGAAGGUGGGGAUAUAUAUCUGUCUGUAACUGACCACCAUUUUGAGGAGAGUUGAGUCCUGUACUCUGCGCUAGCUAAGCGCUUGGCUAAAUAAACAACCUUAAAUCAG